AUGAUUCUCGCUGCGUUUCCAAACCUCAAAACUAUCUACCUUCUGGGCACUUCUGGGUUACCGCUUAGGAGAAAGAUGAAGAUUCUCCAGGGAACAAAGAUAUCAGGUAUCCAUGAUUCGGAGUUGUAUUCAAUGGCAUUCGAGCCAGCCACAGGUAGUCUUGGUGACAACCACAUUGAGCCACCACACUUUCUGGUUUCUCAAGUCAUUUGCGUUUUAUCAUCCGAUGAAAGGACGUUCAACUUACCUUACAGGAACGCAACUAAUUCCAGGCCUUUCCAAGAAGGUCAAUCUCACACUUUCGUUCCUCAUCAAUGGAUUUGCCAAUUCCCUUCGAGUCCUCUCUCUAAUCCAGAUACAAAUCGGAAGAAUGUGGCACAUGGCACGCGGAUUCCGGCAAAGACUAUGGCAAUAUCUGAGCUGGACGGCGAAAUGAAAAUUGCGCCAAUAGCCAAUGAUCUAUUCGAGUUCGACUUGACAAAUGAUGAAAAGAAGGACAAUAGUAGGAUGAACUAUACCCGACAAAAGCCCAGGGUAAUCCUCCCAGUCAAACAUUCUUUCCGUCAUAGAACCGCAUUUAUCAAGGCAAAAGCACAAAUUGCAUACGCCGAGGCGAACACCGGUCAGAAAUGUACAGGUUCCAUCGCAUUUGUCAAGAACUAUGAAACGCAAUUGCUCGUGGCUGAUAUAGAUCAGUUUCUUCAACAAGCUGUUACAGGCAAGGAAGACGACAUGAUUAUAAAGCAAGCUCGAGAUUUCUGGAAGAGAGGCACUACCUUGCUGUAUUUGCAGAGAUGCAGCGAGGCGGAAGUAAAAGCAAUUGCAAAAAGGCCAAUCUUUUGUUUGGGAUCAGAGAUGAUAAUGGUAGGAUGA